AUGACUGGAGAGUCUGGCUUGCCGUUUCUGAUAAUGACAAUCAUCCACCGACCCUAUAUUCGGGGAUUCUUCUGCAGUGAUGAAAGCAUCCAAUACCCAGUAAAACCCGACACCAUCAGCGACACACUGUUGUCUUUGUCCAGCAUCGGGAUUACUGCAGUGAUCUUCUGCUUAGGUGAAGCCUACAUGGUGUAUACCAAAGGCCUCCUCCCCAAGACUGACUUCAGUCACUAUUUGUCUGCUAUAUACAAGUUGGUCGGGAUCUUCCUCUAUGGAGUGGCAGUGACCCAGUCCUUGACUGCCUUGUCCAAAUACGUCAUCGGCCGGCUCCGGCCCCACUUCCUAGCCGUGUGUGACAUUGAUUUGUCAAAGGUGAACUGUUCCUUGUAUGUGAUGGCGGAGGACAUGUGCCGUGGAAAACCCAGCCAAGUGCGAGAGGCCAGGUUGUCUUUCUACUCCGGUCAUGCCUCAUUAUCAAUGUUCUGCAUGGUCUUCCUUGCGCUGUACAUUGAGGCUCGACUGAAAUCUACCUGGGCCCGAACGCUGCGACCUGCCUUACAGUUUUCCGUAAUUUUCUUUGCCUUAUAUGUGGGCUAUACGAGGAUUUCCGACUACAAGCACCACGCCAGUGACGUGCUAACUGGAUUUCUACAGGGAGCCCUUCUUGCCGUCCUCAUUGUAAGUCCUAUGACCUGA